UCCUACUGCUAGUUUUAUAUGUCUUCUUCAGAAAGUUGAUACACUCUAGAGAGGAGAAAAGUGGAAGAAAAAAUAUGAGUAGCUCUGCUUCAUCACCUUUUGAAACAAAUGAGCAGCGAGAAUUGAAACCUGGAAGGAGUAUGCCAACAUGGCUAGGACCACUUUUGAAGAAGACUUUCUUUGGGGAAUGUUUGGUGCAUGAUGGACUUCAAAAGAAUGAAAGGAGCAAGUACUGUAUCACAUGUGAUUCCGAUUUAUGCAAGUAUUGCAUCUCUACAAAAAAACACAAUGAUCAUGACCAGCUAAAGAUUUAUCGACAUGUUUACAAAGACGUCGUUUCUCUCGAGCAGAUGAAGAAGUAUAUUGACUCCAAACUAAUUCAGACAUACAAAUGCAACAAGAAAUGUAUAAUUGCUUUGAAUCCUCUGCCACAUUCUGGGUCUGGCUCUUUAAUUGCUGGAGAUCCUACUUGUCUCACUUGCAAAAGGAGAUUGCAUGACCCUGAACGGUUUCAAUUCUGUAGGAUUGCUUGCCCGGUGGAAGAAAAAUGGGGAAAGAUUGCUGAGACGAAACGGAAGCGCAAGAGGAAGGGAAUUCCUUGCAGAGCUCCUUUAAAAUAAACAUGCUUUGCUUUAAUUUGAUCAUUUUAAAAUACUUUGCUUGGAUAAUUUUAAACUGUGUGAUUUUAUGUUGCAACUAAAAAAAUGUAUGUAGUUUCAACUAUUUUUGUUUUAAUUUAGACUGUUAAACCUAGUUCUUGCAUGUAUUGUCAUUGUGGUUAAAAGUAUGUGUGGACGCAUG